AUAGAUAUUAUAGUCUACGUAAAGAUUAUGACUAACUUUUGAACCCUUUUCAGAUCAAAAUUAACAAUGCCUUCGGAAGAUAAAAACACAAAAGGACAACUGUUCAUGGAAAACGGCGACAGCCAUAGAAGAGUCAACAAGUAUGCCUGUGCCUCUGUGCUUGCUGCCUGUAUUGUUUCUGCUAUGUUUGGUUAUGUCACAGGAGUGAUGAGUGGAGCACAGAUAUUCAUUCAAGAAGAUCUUGGAAUCAGUGACCUACAAAUACAACUUCUGGUAGGUAUGUCACAUUUGUGUGGGCUACCAGGUAGCUUGAUCGCAGGAAGAAUAGCUGAUCAUAUAGGUCGUCGCUACACCAUCAUUUUAGCUUGCAUCGCCUUCUUAUUAGGUUCAAUUCUAAUGGGGUAUGGCCAACCUUACGCAAUCUUAAUGAUUGGAAAUUGUAUAGUUGGAGUUGGUGUGAGUUUUGCAAUGGUUGUAGCACCACUAUAUAGUGCAGAGAUUUCACCUCCUUCUUCCAGAGGCUUUUUUACCUCUCUCCCAACACUUGCCGUCAACACAGGAUUCUUGCUUGGAUACUUGUCAAACUAUUUCUUGGAAAAAUUGUCACUGAGACUUGGGUGGAGGUUGAUGGUGGCUGUUCCUGCAGUUCCUUCACUUUGCCUAAUCCUGAUCAUGGUAAAUCUGGUAGAGUCUCCAAGGUGGUUAGUCAUGCAAGGACGUGUCGGUGAGGCCAGAAAAGUGCUUUUACUAGUCUCUAAUGCGAAGGAAGAAGCUGAACAAAGGUUGAGGGAAAUAAAAAAUGUUGUUGGAAUUGAUGGAAAUUGCACCCUAGACAUUGUGGAGGUUCCAAAGAAAACUAGCAGCGGAAAAGGAGCUCUGAAGGAGUUGUUUUGUAAAGCUUCACCUGCUGUACGCAGAAUACUGUUUUCAGCAGUUGGACUUCAUUUGUUCCUGAGGCUUGGUGGAAGUGCGGUUAUUUUAUUGUAUGGUCCAAGGGUGUUUGAGAGAACAGGAAUCACUGAUAAAAGCACACUCAUGCUUGCCAAUGUUGGUAUAGGAGUGAGCAAAGUUGUUUUUUCAUUGAUAUCAAUAUUCUUGUCGGAUAAAUUUGGGAGGAAGAUUCUCUUGCUGAUUAGUGCUGUAGGUUUGAGUGUGACCAUGUCUGGGUUAGCUGUUUGCUUGACCAUAGUGGAAAAGUCCAAAGAAAAACUACUUUGGGCACAAUAUUUGACCAUUAUUCUUACCUACAUCUUUGUGGCUUCUAUGUCUAUUGGAAUAGCACCAGUGACAUGGGUUUAUAGCUCCGAGAUAUUUCCUCUUAGGUUCAGAGCACAAGGCCUUAGUAUAUGCGUGAUUGUGAACAGAAUUUUUACUGUGGCGGUGGUUACAAGUUUCAUAUCGAUUUAUAAAGCCAUAACAAUGGGUGGGACUUUCUUUGUGUAUUCGGGUAUUAAUAUUGUGGCUUUGUUUUUCUAUACCACUUUGCCUGAAACUAAAGGAAGUUCAUUAGAAGAUAUGGAGACUGUCUUUGAAAGAAAUUCUAAGCAAGAGACACAGAUGAAGCCUCCCUGUCCAACGAGCUCUCGAAACCCAAGAUUGAUUAUUGUUGGUUGACAAGCAAUUCUUAAUUUUCUGUUAUUGUUUUCAUUAAGAUUUUCAUGUUAGUUACAAGUUAUAAUUAACAGUCAUUCACCAUUCACCAUAAGAGAUGACCCACAUGUUUUCCUUUCCAGGCUAGGGCUGUAUCCUGUUGGUAUGCCGUCUAUAUCAUGUUUUGGCUUGAAUUUUGCUUAAUGUAACAUGAACCACUCAUGAUGACAUUGCCUCUCAAGAGAUUACAAUGCCUACUUGCACCAUGAGUGUUCACCUAGAGCCAAUUCACAGAUAGAAUUUAUCAUAUUAUUUUCAUAAAUGAAACUAUCUUCCUUUC